UGAUCGCCUAGAUUAGUGAUACUUGAGAGGAAGCAUUCGCACUAGCCUCCUCUAGGCCCUGCCACUCGCGGCCCUAGAUCCCGAAGUCGAGAUCCGGGGUAAAGCCCAAGAUGGCGCAACUCCACCCCCACAUUUGAACCUCGGCAUUGGCGGCCUGGGUUUCACUGCCACUGGAGCUGCCCUCUCUGUCCGGUUAGCUGCCCGGUUAGCUGACCAUAAGCCACGCCGAGGGCAGCUUGGCCAUCGCUUGUUAAAACCGUCGCGAAUUCCCCAGAGCUCGGCCGAGGUGCAACUCUACUCAGAUCUCCCCGCCUUUUCUUUUCCAAUUGCAAUUCAGACUCACCUUGUAUCGUUAGCUGCACCUACACCAUACAGAUUUCUACAGAAAACUUCACAAUGAGCGGCCCCGGUGUUGGAUUCGAGUACCCUCGCCAGCCCGUCUCCUGGGUCAAGCGCGAUGUGCUGCUCUUCGCGAACACCGUUGGUGCUACCGACGACGAGCUUCAUUUCCUCUAUGAACUUCACCCCAACUUCGCCGUCUUCCCUACCUACCCUCUCAUUCUCACAUUCAAGGGCGACACCCAGGAGGUAGUCGACUUCUACGCUGCCCAGAAGGCCGUCCAGAUCCCCAACGUUCCUUCCUUCGAUGCCCGCCGCGUCGUCGACGGCCAGCGCAAAAUUGUGCUUAACAAGACCCUCCCCCCAACCUCGGCCGGCAAGAAGUUCGAAGUCCGAACCAAGGUUCUCGGUGUUUACGACAAGGGCCGCCCGGGCUCCGUCGUCGAGACCCAGACCGACUUGGUCGAGCUCCCCAGCAACGAGGUCUACGCCAGCGUCAUUACCAGCAGCUUCUACAUCGCUCAGGGCAACUGGGGCGGCCCCAAGGGUCCCGCGACCGAGAACUUCCCUCCCCCGAAGGACAAGAAGCCCGAUGCCACCUUCUCUCAGGCGACCAACAAGGAGUCAGCACUCCUCUACCGCCUCAAUGGAGAUUACAACCCUCUACACGCGACCCCCGAGCCCGGCAAGAAGAUGGGCUUCCCUGGAGCUAUCAUGCACGGACUGUACUCGUGGAACUCAACCGCCCACGGCUUGCUGAAGGCCCUCGGUGGCAGUGAUCCUGCCAACAUCAAGGAGUACCAGGCACGCUUCGCCAGCCCCGUCAUGCCCGGCGACAAGCUGGUGACGGAUGCCUGGAGGACAGGCGAUGUCAAGGAUGGAUGGGAAGAAGUUCGCUUCCAGACCAAGGUCGAGGGCGGAAAGAUCGUUCUUAGCAACGGUCGCGCACUGUUGAAGGUUGUGGAGUCUCCCAAGUCGAAGUUGUAAAAUAAUGGAUUUUGGAUGAAUUUUCGGAACACAUUUAUUUCAGAUUUAAGCACAGCAUUCAUAACGCAUUUUAAAAACUUCCAUUAUAACAGUUCUUGGGUUCUUCGCUACCAUGUGGUUGUUGGCAUGGUGGCGUUCAGUAGUGUUCACCCCCACUAACAAUUUUGACCUUCUGGGAGC